AUGGCAUCUGUAGGUGUUAUAACUCGGAUUUUAUUAAGUAAAAAUUUAGUGAACACCGGUUGGUUGGCUUCAUUCUCAAAUACCGGUUUCAUUAAAUUCUACAGCACAGCACCCCAAUAUGAGAACAUUAAGAUUGAAGUGGUUGGAUCUAAGAAGAAUGUAGGGCUUAUACAAUUGAACCGUCCCAAAGCAUUGAAUGCUCUGUGCAAAUCACUUAUUGCGGAGCUUGGCCAGGCUGUUAAUGACUUUGAUGCUGACCAGAAUAUUGCUGCAAUUAUUCUAACUGGUAGUGAAAAAGCUUUUGCUGCUGGAGCUGACAUCAAAGAGAUGCAGAACAAUACCUAUAGCUCAAACACAAAAGGAGGUUUCUUACAGAGUUGGGAGGACAUCUCAAGCUGUGGGAAACCGAUAAUUGCAGCUGUAAAUGGGUUUGCUCUGGGCGGGGGCUGCGAGCUGGCGAUGCUCUGCGACAUAAUCUACGCCGGCGAGAAGGCCAAGUUCGGGCAGCCCGAGAUCAACAUAGGCACGAUCCCCGGGGCCGGCGGCACCCAGCGGCUGCCCCGCUACGUCGGCAAGUCCAAGGCAAUGGAGAUAGUCCUCACGGGGAACUUCAUUGACGCCCAUGAAGCGGAGAAAAUGGGUUUGGUCAGCAAAGUUUUUCCCGUGGACAAACUUCUAGAGGAAACUAUUAAGCUAGCGGAGAGGAUUGGAACCCACUCCCCAUUGAUUGUCAAGAUGGCGAAGCAAUCUGUCAACCAAGCGUACGAGACGACGCUCAAAUCUGGCCUGCUUUACGAGAAGUCCGUAUUCUAUGGCACUUUUGCCACGGAGGAUCGUAAGGAAGGAAUGACUGCAUUUAUCGAGAAGAGGUCACCCAAUUUCAAAAAUGAA